AUGAUGGUUACAAACGGUGAGCCUAGUUCCUACGGUGAUUUUAGUCACCCGCUUGCAUCAACUGCAACAUGGAAUGAGUGUGUUCAAUACUGUUACGAUCUCGGAUCUUGUGUGGCAGUGUUCGAUAACAACUGUCAAAUGUUUGAAAUCGGAGGUAUUGAAACAGCUAAAAGAAAUGAAACAUCGAGAAUCGCAAUCAAAAUACUUAUGGACAAUUCCACGACAGAAACUUGUCCAGCAGACGAUUCAGGGACAGAGGAGGGGAUUUAUAUCACCAAUACCACUUAUCAAAACUACAGUAUCUCAUACAAUGACCCUACUUGGACAUUCGUUUCACAAACUCUUACUUGUCCCACGAAUUUCUCAUUAUUCGUCAGACCAAAUGGCUUGUGGUGCAUGCAGGUUAUUGAACACUAUGCGUGUUGUAAUCGCACUGUUGCCAUAAAAAUGUGUUCUACAAACUAUUCUGCAAGCCAAUUGAGUGGUGUUGAUAAUCAAGCAGAGUAUGAUUAUAUAAGUGCAUUAACCAUUCCCAUAUAUCAAAAUGUGAUGUCCAACCGAAUUGGAAAUGUUACGUAUAAUUUCACUGGAAUCUGGUUAGAUGGUCUCAGGAAUUCGAGUUGCACAGGAGUCACGACGAGUCCAUGUAACACUAUAUCUGCGUUUAGUUUUUUGGAUCCCACUCUAUCUUACCCGCCACAAGGAUAUCCUUGGUUAUCUGGUAAUCCAAAUGGUUUGACAUCUCCCGGUGAUGCAAUCGCUUUGAGAGUUAACACAGAAUCCACGUAUGGAAUGGAUGAUACUGCGUGA